AUCAUCACGGUACUAGACUCAGCCGGCGAGUGUUUGGUCAGAACGCUGGUCAAAAUAUUUAGAUAUUUUUCAUUAAACCACACAUUAUACAAUUAUAACAUUUAUGCCACUAAACAGAACGUACUUUAGCAUUACCUAUGCUACAUUCGGCAUGCUGGUAGGAGUUUCGGCUUUUAUAGUUUGGAAUGUAGUUUACAGACAGCCGUGGACGGCGGCUAUGGGCGGGUUAUCAGGAGUGCUAGCCCUUUGGGUGCUGGUCACACACAUCAUGUACCUUCAGGAUUACUGGCGUACAUGGCUGAAGGGACUCAAGUUCUUCAUGAUUAUCAGUUCACUUUUCUCCAUGUUUGCUGUUGCUGCUUUUGCAACAUUUAUGACUUUGGCUAUUACACAAAAUCAAGCAUUGUCGGACACCAAGAGUUAUUAUCUGUCCUGUGUUUGGAGCUUCUUGACGCUAAAAUGGGCCUUUCUCCUUGGCUUGUAUUCUUACCGCUACCAUCAGGAGUUUGCUGACAUCAGCAUCCUCAGUGACUUUUGAAUACCUACCUCUCUGGACUGCAGCAAGUUAUUGUUGUUUGUUGUUAACUUUAUCUGUUAAUCAGAAAGUGGGUUUAGAAGCAAGGUUUUCCAAACAGGAAUAAGUGGAAUAGUUUUUCGUUCCCAUUAAUGCAAUUAUUAAUGCUUAUAACUUGAACUAUUAGACUGUCACUCAGAUAACAGAAUCUUUAGAAACCAUCCUGGGAGGCUUCCUGCAUCUAUGCAUUACAUUCAUUUUAAAUUUAAAUUCAUAUAAAUGUUGACUAUUUUAUUUUGUUGAUUAUUUAAUGUUUUAUUUACAAAAAUGUGAUUACUUUGCCCUUAACAUUCAUUGCACAGCAAUAUUAAUUUUUUGUGUAAUUGUAUGUUUUUUACACAUGCCGACAAAAUCCACUGAUCACCAAUUCUCAGAUGUUCUGGUGUUUCUAUUAUAGUUGGACAUAUAAGCCCACAUCAGACUAUUAGUAUUAUAUUAGUCAUUACAUAACGUUACACUUAAACAAGUGAAGAGUCAGCUAGCUCAAAUGUUUAUCUAUUGAAUUUUUAUCUGUUUAAGAUGGUACAAUUACAUAUAUUAACAAUAAGCUAUAUAUGGGGAUUACAGUCUCCUCUGAAAGCAUUCUAACAGCAAGGCUAAUUCUUUUGUUUUUGCAAUAAACUGUAGUCAUUUGGGUUGAACCGUUGUCUGCUAUGUUCUAAGUCUAAGUCUGUUCUAUAGUCUCAUAUUAAUCUUUGAUAUCAAACCCAAAUGUCUUUAGUGUAUAGCAAAAACAAAUUAAUUGGCCUUGUCAUUCCUUUCUGACACUGUAUUUUUUUAAGGUUCGCCAGAUAUACAUACUUGUCCAGACAUUUAUUCUUUGCCUUCUUUUCAUAGAAAGUUUUUUUCUUUCUAAGUGAGUUGUCUCAGUGCCUGAGUGGUAUUUUAUCAUUGUUACUGCAAUAUUACUGUAUAUGUGUGUGUGAGGGGAAAAUAUUAGAAGCUGUACAGUAUUUAGUUCCCCAAAUGUAACUAAAUGUGACAUUUAAAUAUGAAUGGUUGGUUAAUCAAUUUAAAUUCACAGUGAAUUCAUCUA